CCACCACCGGGUCCCUCGCCCCCCGCGCAGCGGCGGCGGACUCGCCAGUUCCUCCCUGACCGCCGUAGCGCCCGGCACGACACCAUGGCGCUCUUGAUGCAAGACUCAGGGAACGAGGAUGGUGACGGCCUUGACCUAUUGUUAGGAAGCAUCCCGGCCAUCGCAUGGAAUGUUUUGGGAAACCCAUGGAAAUCGCAAAUCCGGAUGGCUGGAUCAGCAGGGCUGGUGUCGCGGCGAGGGCCGUCCGCAGGCGCGCCGCCGGCCAAGGGCUCUCCGCCCCCGGAGGCGGACAACAACAACGAGCCGGGCGGCCUGGUGGUGCGCGCCGCCUCCGCCUUCCCCGGGCUGCCGCACCCCGGCCUGCUGCUGGGGCUGCAGGCGACGCUGGCGGCUCGCCCGCUCUACUGGCCGACGCUGGCGCAGCCGCCGGUGCCGCCCCCGCAGGCGCCGCCCCCGGCCGCCGCCUCCAGCACGCCGCGCCGCCGCCGACCCACCGCCUCCUCCAAGCCCGGAUCGCCCGCCGCCACCACGCCCUCGCCCGACGACAAGGCUGCCACCUCGUCGGGACCCACCACGCCCAACGGCGACAAGGUGUUCACGUGCUCGGUGUGCAGCCGGUCGUUCGGCUACAAACACGUGCUGCAGAACCACGAGCGCACCCACACCGGCGAGAAGCCGUUCGAGUGCGCGUCGUGCGGCAAGCGCUUCACGCGCGACCACCACCUCAAGACGCACAUGCGGCUGCACACGGGCGAGAAGCCGUACCACUGCACGCAGUGCGACCGCCAGUUCGUGCAGGUGGCCAACCUGCGGCGCCACCUGCGCGUGCACACCGGCGAGCGGCCGUACGCCUGCACGCUCUGCCCGUCGCGCUUCUCCGACUCCAACCAGCUGAAGGCGCACGCGCUCAUCCACCGCGGCGAGAAGCCGUUCGAGUGCGCGUCGUGCGGGGGCCGCUUCCGCCGCCGCCACCACCUGGCGCACCACAAGUGCUCCGGGCCUCCGCCCCCGCCGCCCGCGCAGGCGCCGCCCUCGGUGGUCGCAGCCCCCGUCCCGCCCCCGGAGUCUCCGUCGCCGCCUCUCUCCGACGUCGUCCAGACCGGUUCGGGUCACGACGACAACGGGACCGAGUUCGUCAACGAGGACGACGAGAUGGACGACGGGUACGGCGACGAGCACAACUUGGUAAUGUACAGUGUACCUCCGGAGCAGACCGAGCCGGAGGACUUGUCCAUGAAGGCGGUGGUCCGCCAAGACUCCAGCUUCCUGGCCAAGCACCACCACCCCAAGUUCCGCCACCGCGCCCCACAGCUGUCCUAGCCUGCGAGGGUCGGCCAGUCGUCGCACUGGACACUUCGUCCUUUCUCUCCGAACGACUGCUGAAGAACUGUCAGGUCUCGUUCCUCUCUGUCGAG